AUGGGUUCUUGCUGCAGUGUACGGAUAAGGGCUGAUCAUAGUCCUCCUCGUCGAGAUGGUCCGAGCCCGAGGCAUGUGAGCUUUGAUGGACGAGAGACGAGCAGCCGGCGCUCGUCGUCUUCCUUAUCAGCUCCUUUGACCCCACGCAAAGAGGGCGAAAUCUUUGAGUCCACAAACUUGAAGAGCUUCGGGUUUAAUGAUCUCCGGAUAGCCACCCGAAACUUCCGCCCGGACAGUGUUCUGGGAGAGGGCGGCUUCGGGUGCGUUUUCAAAGGAUGGAUAGACGAGCACACGUUCAAAGCUGCUAAACCGGGCACUGGAAUGGUUAUUGCCGUCAAGAGACUCAACCAAGAAGGCUUUCAAGGUCACAAGGAGUGGCUCACUGAAGUCACUUAUCUAGGACAGCUAUAUCAUCCCAAUCUAGUGAAACUGAUCGGUUAUUGCUUAGAGGACGAACAAAGGCUUCUGGUUUACGAGUUCAUGCCACGCGGAAGCUUGGAGAAUCAUCUAUUUAGGAGGACUUCUUACUUCCAACCACUGUCUUGGACAGUUCGUAUGAAGGUUGCUCUUGGUGCAGCAAGAGGACUCGCAUACCUCCAUAGCCCUGCUGCUAAAGUUAUAUACCGUGAUUUCAAAUCCUCCAAUAUUUUGCUUGAUUCGCAUUAUAAUGCGAAGCUGUCUGAUUUCGGGUUGGCCAAGGAUGGGCCGAUUGAUGGUAAAAGCCACGUAUCCACGAGAAUUAUGGGCACUUAUGGCUAUGCAGCUCCAGAGUAUAUGGCCACAGGGCACUUAACUGCCAGAAGUGAUGUGUACAGCUUUGGGGUUGUUCUCCUCGAGAUUCUCACGGGGCGGCGAGUACUGGAUAAAAACCGGCCACAUGGAGAACAGAAUCUCAUCGAGUGGGCCCGGCCGUACUUAACCAGCAAACGCAAAGUGCUUCGGGUGAUGGAUGGGCGCAUAGAAGGCCAGUAUUCGCCGACUGCAGCACUAAAAGCUGCAAUUCUCGCUGUGAAAUGCCUGGCUUUGGAGCCCAAGUGCCGGCCCACGAUGGUUGAGGUUGUUAAAGCAUUGGAGCAGCUUCAGGACUCGGGGAGUCUGAAAGCAGCCCGCGAACGACUUGCGGAAGAUUCCGGAAGGAAAUCGGCUUCUUAUCCGAGGCCUGCAGCAUAUAUAGGUGGAAAGAUUGGAUAA